AUGCUUUCUCAGAAAUGGCGGCUUCAAAUUCGCGCCAUCAAUGGCGGUUGCGGCUCCUUCUCCUUCAAAUCAAUCCUCAAUUUCUCCGCCACCGCCACCAAAAAGGCGCAAAUCCAGAAUGCUGAUAUGGUGAAUUACCUACUUGACUCGCUCGGCUUCUCCAGAGAUGCCGCCAUAACCACCUUAAGUAAGGUACCUCACUUGCGCCCUUCUCCGGAAAAAGUGGAUCCAAUUGUCUGUUAUUUUCAAAAUCUGGGUUUUAGUAAAACCCAAAUCAGAAGUAUGGUUUCUGGACACCCUCGUUUAUUGUGUCGCAACGUGGAUAAAACCCUAGUUCCCAAAUUGAAUUUCUUUAGAGAACUUGGACUGUCCGGGUCGGGCCUACGCAAAGUUGUCGUACAGUGUUCGGAUCGUGGUUUGGAUACGUUUAUCAAACCCCGAGUUCUGUACUUACGGCAAUUGUUGGGUACUGAUGAUAAUGUGGUUGCCGUGUUAAAUAGAGAUUCUACGGUGCUUAAGUUUUUGGACGCUGAAAGGGUGGACACCAAUGUAAAGCUGUUGAGAAACUAUGGAAUGACUGAUGAUAAUAUUGUGAAAUGCAUCACUAAUUGGCCAAGGAGAUUUUUCACCCUGAAGCCUGGCGGCAUUAAAGAUGUUUUACAUAGAGUAGAAAAUGUUUUGGGCAUUCCGCGUGAAUCAGCUAUGUUCCGCCAUGGGGUUGCGGUCCUCGCUUCACUUGAUAGGUCGAAGGUCGAUGAGAAAUUGGGAGUGUUCCGAAGCUUUGGCUGGCCGGAAUCAGUGAUACUCAAAACUGUAAGGUCACAACCUCUUAUUUUAACCAAGUCUGCUCCUACAAUACAGAAAGUUGUUGAUUUUUUCAUGAACGAACUUGGAUGCAGUUCGGACUUCUUGGGUUCAAAUCCGGCUUUUCUUACAUAUAGUCUUGAAAAGAGAGUGAAGCCACGGAAUGAAGUUUUGAAAAUUCUAAAGAAGUUGAACAAGAAGAAGGCAGCUUUGUCUACUGUUCUAUGCAUGUCAGAGUCAAAGUUUCGCAAGUGUUAUGUUCUUCCUUACAAGGUUAUACUGCCAGACAUGUGUGACGCUUAUCUCACUAAAACUGAAAUACCAACGAUUGAGCUGCGAUGACGUGUUUCAGAAUGAAUGGACUUGCGUUAAACUUGUAGAGAUGGAUACUGCAAGGAUGGGAUGGUAAGGGUGAGAGACUGUAACCUCGAGGUCGAGGAUUCGGUAAGAGUAACAAAAAGAAGAAAGAAAGAAGGAAGAGAGAGAUCUAAGCAGCAGAAUAGUCAUAAUUAAUUAGUUUGAAAUGUGAAAUCAGUUGAGUAAAGAACAUUAGCAAUCGGGUGAUUAGUCAGACUAAGUUUUAAAACCACAUAAGGUUAGAUGAAGAAGAUGAUUGAUAUGUAUAUAUGUCUGUGAUGCUGCUAAAAGUAAUUGCAGAUUGGCCAAACACUUUGCAAAGACUAAUCAAUGAAUAGUUCCCAUGGAAAUUCGCCCUACAAUGUUUAUGCGUCUCUCUCUCUCUCUCUCUCUUUGAUUGUACAUGUUACUUUAUAUUGAAGAUGAAAUAACAUCAUAUAGAUUUC